AUGGCUCGCGAGAAUGGAGUUGCCGCUGCGCAAGAGUUCUUCAAACCGCUCCAGGACGCCAUCGUCGUGGCCAAAGGAAUCAGAGACCGCGACACAUCGGCCUCUUGGCAGCGGAACAAGGCCAGCUCUUCGCAGUCCGAGAGACUAGCAGUCACCAACAAAACCGCGGCAACCCUGGAGAGCAUUGCUUCAGACGUUAAUGUUCCAAACGACAGAGCAAGUCGUAGUGUCAGCAUCGACCAUGGACUUGAAUCCAAGGUCCCUGGGACUGCUGAGUGGUUACGCCCAACAGACGACCGAACUAUCGACCCGAAACACAAGUCUAUGGCAUCGCUUCAGAGAUACCUCCAAGACAGCGGAAUCAAUGAAGACCUAACGCAAUCGGUUCCAACAUCGAUGACUAGCGCUUUACAGGAGGCCAUCAAAACCGAUUCAGUUGACCAGCUCAAAGUUAUCAUCGCCAAUGACCCAAAUUCGAUCAGCAGCGUCGACGAGUCAGGCAACACACCGCUCUUACUUGCCGCUCAUCACGGCCAACUCGAGGUCUUCAGAUACUUGCUCGGCCGAGAAAACCCGAGGGCAUCCGUUUACAACAAGUCUGGCCAGACCGCGCUGCAUCUCCUCACCAUGUUUGACGACAAGCACGUUAAUGAGUUCGUCGUGCUCCUUAUCAAAAGUGGCGCUGAUAUCCUUCACGAAGCUCUUCCUGUAAGCAAGGAUGAAGAGACGCUUGUUUUCUCCCUCGGGCUACGAUGUUGCCCUAUGCUCAACUCAAUCCUGCACAAUAGGACCGCCCUCCUCGAAAGCCUCCUGGAGGCUGCCCAUGGCGAUCCGUCGGGCUCCGUCUGUCAAAUUUGCGAGGCUGGUUCCCGAUUCAGGCGUAUUUUGGCCGUUUGUCUAUCAUUGUUCCGAAUUGACGCUUUGGAAAUCCUGCGAAAUCACCUGAAAACACACGGGGAGUUUCAGACGAUCGACCUCGCCAACGUACAAGUCUGGACGGGCCAGAAUCUAUUGCGACUUUCUCAAGUCCCUUUCAAAAGCGUCGCAGUAUCAACAAUGGAUAUUCCAGAGGAUUUCUUUCGCGCUAUGAUUUACGGAGGCAGUUAUAGCGACGUCCUUGAACGGACAAUCGACUUUGUCACCACCGUCGAGGACCCUAGGUUUGUUUCGCGCUCAUCACUUGAGAUGGACACUCUGACGGCUGCCAUUGCUGGAGACAGCUUGGAUGCCGUCAAUUCCAUGCUGUAUAGAGCUACGGCGAAACAACAAGACCUUCCAUUUUGGCUUUUGUCACCGAUCAAGAGGCCUCAUGUCGGGGUCGGAUCUAUUUUCAGACGCCCUCAAUUCGGGCCCACCAGACCCGCCUUUUCCGGAAGCCCUGACCUCCUCAUGGAGUCCAUAACUUCUGGACUGCGACACAUCUUUGACCGAUUACUCUGCGACCAUGUUCCGCUGCUCCGAGACAAAUUCCAGUUUCCGUGCCAAAAAGAAGAGCCAUGCCGCGACUAUCCUCGCUGGUGGCUGAAAAACUAUCGGCUGCUCCAAGGCCGGGAUAUGUAUACAGCGCGUCCCGAAGGUCACACUCACAGCUGCUCUAUCGUAGAAGAAUUACUCAGCUGUGCCAUCCACGCACGACACCAGGAUUCAUACUUUUUGUCAAAGAUUGUCGACAAAGUCGAGAACCAAGAGCUCUUCAAUGCUCCUGGAUGUCUCCUCAAUGCCGUACAAACUCUAAACUUGAACGCGGCCAGCAUCCUUCUGAGCAAGAAUCCAGACCUUUUGAUGAGCAAAUUGAUGAUGCCAUCCGACCCCGUGUUAACGGGUUUCCGCUCGUUAACAUACUGGGAAGGCUUUGAACGGCUAGAACUAGACCGUCGCAAGGGAACAGUUCUUAAAGUAAUCUUGAGAUCCGGCUCAUAUGAGCAAUGUCGGUUUGUAUUGAAGCACCUGUGCUCCCGGAGGUCAGCCGGACUAAGAUAUCCGGUGAGCCCAGGGUGGAGAUGGCUUCAGCCAAAGCGGCAGUUCCGGCGACAGAAAGACAAGAGCAUACUCGAUACUGCGGAAGAAAGCGUACCUGAAUGGCAGAGGUGCCCCUUACAUGCAGAGGAGUACGAAUCGUUGCUCGUAGGCAACAUCUUACGGAAUAGCGUGGAGAGAAAGGCUUUGUGGGACGUCAUCGAAGUGCAAGUUGCAAACGGUCACUCUGUUUCUGGAACUUACCUAAGGUUGGCGAUCAAUUGCUCCAACACAGAGGCGCUCCUCGAACUCCUCAACAGAGGCUGGCGAGUCAACGGGACAUGGAAAGAUUGCCUUCACACCCCUCUGCAAGGAGCCUUGGAGCAUUCCAAAUGGUGGUUUGGCGGCCAUGAGACGUUAUUGCGUCAUUACGAACUGAACAUGUUGGAACAAGAGGCUUUGAUAAAGCUGCACAACGUGGACGGGCAACCAGAGCUUCACGACCCUAAUCUCCAAACUCACAGGGAAAUCUAUGGCGAAUACAGCAAGAUUCGCCAUUCUUUGCUGUGCGCACUGUACGAACGCAAGCUGGAUGAAGCCGCCAUAAUCCUUCGUGCUCGUGGGGGCCGCGUCUCGCCAUUCUCAAGCAUCACCACCACUGGACCUACAGCCAGCAAGACAGCGCGAGCCUGGGGAGCAGUGCUGCAUGCUCUGCUAUAUGCAGUAAUACUGCCUGUAGCUGUUUUCUACGGUACGCAGAACGUAUGGCACCAUAUGUCCACAGGACAGAAGUGGGGGGGUUGA